CAUCCCUCCAGAGCGUUGCAACAUCUGCCAUUGCUUGAAGGUUGUGUUAUCUUGCCUUAUCUUCAUGCAGGGUUAUAAGACGCACACUCAUUGACCACUCCUAAUAAUGCACUGCUUAUCUGAUGAAUAUAUCCCUAAUAAUUCUGUCACAAAAAGUACCAAAUUUGGGUUCGUCAAAAGCAACGUACAUGUGAACUUGGAAUGCAAGAGGCGGCGUCUAUUGGCCGUGGGCGGGACGAAGGCGGAGCGUUGCUGGACAGUGGGCGUGAUGAGGGCGCUAGGGUGUGCGCAUCCCCGCCCACAGUGGGUGUACGCAGCGCCCUGGGGCGGUGCUCGUGACAGCUCAUUCAUUUGUGGCGGCGGGCGGCGUGAUUGACAGCAGUUGGGGUCCAGUGACAGGCGGACACGCACGCCGCUCCGCUCUCAGUCGCCUCAUGUCGAUUGACGUGUUGACGCGCGGUGCAGGUACGGCGCGGUACUAGACGGUGCAGUGCGGUGCGCGGGUGGGCGUGUAGUGACUGUUGCGGCGCGACGUUGUAGUGGUGUAGCGAGUGAAGCAAGCACAGUACUCUGGGUUGAAAUGGCUCAACCUGCCAGGUACGACGACGGACUUGGGCACUACGGCGGAGGCGCUAGCAUGGAGACGGUGGCCAACAUGUACGGUGAUCCGCACCGGAGCGCAGCGGCCGCAGCGGCGCUACAACCUUCCCUCAUGAGCCACAUGAACCAUGUGGGCGGCGCCGCCCACAACGCGGCCAUGUACGCCCAUUCACAAGCUACCAACCAUGUGGCGGCCAACCACGUUAUGGGCUCCGUCCCCGACGUACACAAACGAGAUAAAGACCUUAUAUAUGGGCACCCGCUGUUCCCUCUGCUGGCGCUGAUCUUCGAGAAGUGUGAGUUGGCGACCUGCACUCCUCGAGAACCUGGCGUGGCGGGAGGUGAUGUGUGUUCCUCAGAGUCCUUCAACGAGGACAUCGCAGUCUUCUCCAAGCAGCUUCGUCAUGAGAAGCCCUACUACUACUCUCAUCCUGAAGUAGACAGCAUGAUUAGACAAGAGAAGCCAUAUUAUCAGGCAAACCCAGAGCUUGAUAGCUUAAUGGUUCAAGCAAUCCAGGUUCUACGGUUCCAUCUUUUAGAAUUAGAAAAAGUACACGAGCUCUGUGACAACUUCUGUCACCGGUACAUAUCGUGUCUGAAGGGCAAAAUGCCCAUCGACUUGGUGAUUGACGAACGCGACGGUCCCAAGCCUGACCUGGGCAGUGGUGAUUCUAACAACAACGCGGCAGCGGCUGCCGCUGGCCGAGCCUCGGCCGAUACCACCCAUACUGACGGCGCCUCCACACCAGACGUGGGUCCCUCGUGGGAUUCAAGUGUUGACUCAAAAGGAACUACCAAACACGACCAGACUGAAUUCGCGUCAUCUGCGCUGCUGUGUUUGCAAAAGCGGCCGCCGUCAUCAUCUAUGUCAUAUUCUGGGGGUGCGGGUGGGGAUGACGCCCGAUCCCCAGGUUCUGGGGGCACUCCAGGGCCUCUCUCCCACCAACCCGCCUCCCAGCAAUCAGCUGACAACACCAGCGAAGCAGUGUUUCUCUCUGGUACAGGUGGGUCUGAGCUGCCAACACUAGUGCGAGGGCAAGCUGACUUCUUAGGUAAGAAGAGCCCGGCUGGUCUACACUCUCGCCUCUUUCACGAAUUUGAAGUUUCUCUUGUUUCAGGUGACGCGAGCAACGCCAGUAUCGGGUCUGGAGAAGGAACCGAAGAAGACGAUGAUGGUUCCAAGAAGAACCAGAAGAAGCGAGGCAUCUUCCCUAAAGUGGCGACGAACAUCCUCCGAGCCUGGCUCUUCCAACACCUCACACACCCGUACCCUUCUGAGGACCAAAAGAAGCAGCUAGCACAAGACACGGGCCUAACUAUCCUACAAGUCAACAACUGGUUUAUCAAUGCACGACGACGGAUAGUACAGCCUCUCAUAGACCAAUCCAACCGUGCGGGAGCCAGUGUGCCGCACUUUGCAGGUCCAGCGGGUGCGUAUUCUCCUGACGCGGCGUCAAUGGGCUACAUGAUGGACGGGCAACAACAUAUGUUCCGAUCAGACCCCUACACGGACCAUGCAGCAGCCGCGGCUUACUACGGUCAUCCAGCAGCCGCAUACAACUACCCGCACCAUCUAUAGGUUCGCGUGUAGAGGCGUGAGUAGGCGUGAGUGUGGUCUCUGAUGCCCUGUACAGACCUGUGCUCAUCCCCGAGGUGUUGUAAUAUCGGCCGCCGGCUACAGGAAGGACUGUGGGUAGGCCAGCGGCCGUAGCGAGUGCUCAGUGUGUCAAAUCAGUGCACCGAGUGAUGGGAUCAGUGUAUGCAAACCUCGGGUGUCUUACGUCACUUUUGAGACGGUGACGCACGCUUGGCGCGGCAGGGCAGAGCUGGGCAUGAAACCCUGCUCUUAUCCCGCCGCUGGGUAUCUUAAAGUCACCUGAAUACCACCACCGCUAGCCUGCAUCUCCCGUUACCGUGACGGCAGCAGCACCUCUAGAAGGCAUCACCAUCGUCAACACCUGCAGCCUAGCGCCGUAGGCAGCACAGUUACUGCGCCGUCAGCAGCAACUGACCCGGAGACCAAUAAACUCAUUUGAAAGUGAUAUGUAAUUAUUUUGCACCAGAUUUUCAUUUUAUGAGAAAUAUACUAAAAACAAUGAUGACUAUUUGAGUGCAGUGGUGAGAGAACAUUACCGACAACCGCCACAAGAAUACAUCUACUGUUUGUAACCUAUCAUCCAAACCAGCACGAUGCGCCCUGGUCGGGUCAUACAGAUGACCUAAAAUGACCUAGCUCGCCUUUGUGACCCCCCAAACUCAGGAAACGUGUGAUGGCAGGAUGACUUACCACUCCCACAGUAUAAACAGAAGCCCACAAGUACACUCCAGAGACCCACAUUCGCAGACACACAAACACAACAUUCCUCCCCCAUAUACGACUUUCUAGCCAGUUCUUACACCUGUCACAGCCACAUCCUCUCUGCACGCUCAGCCAUAUUUCUUUAAUUACCAUCUUGUGGCAUCAUCAUUUAUCUCAGACUGUGUAUUUCUAUGUAACUCACUGAAGAUUAAGACAUAUGUACAACAGUUGGGUGUCAUUAUUGUUGAAACGUUUCACCUACACAGUGAGUUUCUUCAGUCAGAUACAGAGGUAGGUGUAUAGUGAAAUGAUAAUAUAAUCAGCCCAUCAAACUUGGAAAAAUAGUAUUUGUGGUGGUCAGUCCCACAGCCUGAAGAGUUCAGCUCCAUGGGCUGAGGGACUGACCACCUCAAAUACUAUUUCUCCAAGGUUGAUGGACUAAUUACGUCACCUUCACUUCACUACUACACCUGCUGCCUCUAUAUGUGACUGAAGAAGCCUACUGUGUAGGCGAAAUGUUUCAACAAUAAAGAUACCCAACUGUUGCAAUCUUAUUCAAACUGACUCUGUUACAGACACAUUAACUCUGCAGCGCCUCAUCCAUCCCUCACCAACAGAUCCUUUAAACUUUAUAUUGCAGAAAGUGAUUUGAGACUGCGCCGGCUGUAUACGAUUGCGAAUCCAGUAUACGAUUGGAAUUUUCAUCCUGUGUGUGUAUAUUGUACGUUCCUCUUGGUGGUUUACAAGACUUUUUGUUAAGCGACUUUCUGCAAUAACUUGUGGAUUAACAGAACGCCUAUAAAAUAUAAAUACCUCGAUUUUAAAACAAGCUUUCGAUUUCUAACUUUUGCGACUGAUAUUAUAUGGUGCGGUGAUCAAGUGUGUGGUCGAGAAAGGAGACUAAACUGUGGAGAUCCCAAUAAAUGUAAUAUAAACGCUUUAGUGGUCAGGAGACUCCCAUAUAUCUGACCCGAGCUGCCUGCCAAGGGCAGUGGUGUGUACUACUAGCUAUGGCUCUUGGUCGCUGCCGAGCCUAGCAGCAGUGGGUGAUGCCACAGACAUUUAGUGGCGUAUUGCGGGGACUCAUUACUACUCCUACUUAACUUUGUAUAAUAGGUAACAUUUAAAUAAAUCAAGCAAGAAUAAUAAUAAAAAAAAUAACAAAACACAACUUUUCACACAUGCAGCAAUAUUGAUAUUAUUUCUGUGAUGUUCUGUGUUAAAAUAACCUCCAGUGCCGAUAUAGAGCAUCUGGAGGCAGUUGUGAGUGCAACAUGAAGACGAUUUACCACUGUUUACGGACGAAUGGUAAACUUAUCCAGCUGUACACUCGCUCACUUCCAACAAUGAUAACCAUGGCUGAGUACUGCUUUCUAAAGGUUCAUGUUUUUAUACUUUGUCAUUAUGAUUUAUUAUUGUCAUCAUUUAUAUUUUAAUAUGUAAUAACAAUAAAGAACGUAUCCAGAUAGCCGUGUGUGUCUCAGCAGUGCAUCUCUUACCAAUUAAAUACGGACAGGUUUUUAAAAUUGUGUAAAUUUUUAAAUUUGAUAUAUUCCUGGUUACCUACCAUGUGUAUUAAUAUUCCUGGUAACCCACCAUGUAUACUGAUAUUCAUGGUUACCCACCAUGCAUACUGAUAUUCCUGGUUACCCACCAUGUACUAUAUUAAUAUCCCACGUAUAUGAUAUAUACUGUAUUCUGUUUAAGUGAAAAAUUCUGUACAAAUCAAGAAAUAAACUGAAUAACUAAAUUAAACCUACAAUGUUUUAAUGGUGAUAAAAUUCAAAUAAUAAUAAUUUAAUUUCUGAGAAAAAGUGCACACUCGGUCAAUCUGAAGAUUUUUUUAAUUUAAUCUGUCAUCAAAUCACAUUUUUUUUAAUGCAUUUCAACUGCUCAUUAUUACGAAUUCUGAAGAAAAACGGAAGUUUUUUUCUUGUUACUAUGCUCUUGUGUUGGCCACACUGUAAUAUUAUAAAGCUCUUUUUGGCGUCAGUGGACCCCGUAUGGUUAGGUAACUGUGUAGUUGUAAAAAUCUAUGCGAUUUCUAAGCUGCUUUACCCUUGGUUUUUGUACAUAAUGAACGUUCCUUGUGGCAGUGACUGGGGUUGCGCUCUUCCCGUGACUGCAGUGUAGAGUGAUAUUUCUACAGUGGUUGUAUAUUUGUAUCCUAAAUUUCUUCUCACAAAGAAAAAAAAGUUGUUACAAGAAAGUUCAAAAUGUCUGCAAUUCUGUAAAAAAAAAAUACAUUUUUUUAGCUCUUAGAUUCAUAAGAAUUUAGUUGAUCCGUUACCGAAAUUCUUUCCAGUCUGCAUUCAAUGAAAGCAUUAAAUGCUGGGUAUUGUGUAUAUGAUUUUUCCAAAAAUAAACGUGUUUUAAACUAUG